AGAGAGAGAGAGAGACAAAGACACACGGAUUCGAUCCUAAAAGUCGAAGACGAGUCUAGCUGAAAGGAUAGAUCUUCUGUCAUUUGGAAAAGAAAAAAUUGUUCUCUAGGUGGGAAUUUCGUGGAGAUCGAAUUCUCGGGGUUCCUUGUUAAUUUUCGACCGAAGAGGACGAUUCUCAGUUUGAAAUUGGGCCACGUAGGCGAGGUUAUCUAACGGGGGAAGAUCGUGGACGAGCAUGAGCAGAGCCGAUGCCCGGCGAAAAAAGAGAAAGAGGAUUGUCAGCGUGGAUGCGACACGAUCCGUUUUCACGUUUCCACGGGGUGAGAGGAGGAGGACCGUUACAGGGCUAAUCUGAGCGAUAACGUACCUCGUCGGAUGAGACGAUGGUGAUGAAGAUUUCCGCGGUCGAGGCUGGCGUACCUUUAUUAAGCGCCGUCGGUCCGCACUGCGUCGUCAAGCAGGCCACGGUGAAACGAUGCGUCGCGGCGCUGCUGCUCGUCUCCGUCGCCAGUAUAUUCUAUUAUACGCAUUAUAUCAUCAGCAGCCCACUGUCCAGUCUGAUCCAUCGAGACACUAGGCCAGAACCAGCAAUCAGGUGCUCGACGUUGCGAGGCGCGAUGAGGUUGCCUUCAGCGCCCGAUCAUCGCAGCGAGGCUCGUCUGAGAACAGAUCCAAAGGUGUUGGUCUUCGUGGAAACGCUGUACUCGAUGCUGGGCAAGAACAUAGCCGAGCUACUCGUCUCUAAUCGAAUUAAGUACAAAAUAGAAGUGGCCGGCAAGUCGCUGCCCGUGCUGACGAAUUUGGACAAAGGUCGGUACGGUGUUCUGAUCUUCGAGAACCUGAACAAGUACCUGCAGAUGGACAAGUGGAAUCGCGAAUUGCUGGACAAAUAUUGCAGAGAAUAUUCGGUCGGCAUCGUGGGAUUCGCGCCUUCCGGCGAGGAAAGCCUGGUCGGCGCGCAAUUAAAGGGCUUUCCUCUCUUCGUGCAUACUAAUCUUAGACUGAAGGAUGCACAGCUGAACGCGGCGUCCCCUAUUCUCCGAUUAACCAGAUCCGGGGAAAUAGCCUGGGGACCACUUCCUGGCGGUGACUGGACCAUUUUUCAGGCCAAUCACAGCACCUACGAGCCGCUGGCCUGGGCGCAUCGGGACAGCCUCGACUAUCCGGCCAACAAAAGUCCUCUGGCGACUGUCAUUCAGGAUCACGGCAGAUACGACGGUAUACAGAGGGUGUUUUUCGGCGGUGGAUUACGAUUCUGGCUGCACAAUUUGCUGCUGUUGGACUCUCUGUCCUACUUGUCUCACGGCCAGCUCAGCCUCAGCUUGAAUCGUAUGAUCUUGGUGGACGUGGACGACAUAUUCGUCGGCGAGAAGGGGACUAGACUGAGGAAGGACGACGUGAUGGCGUUGCUGGCCACUCAACAGAGGAUCCAAGCGCUGGUACCGGGGUUUAAAUUCAAUUUGGGGUUUUCCGGAAAGUACUUCCAUCAUGGAACCACCGAGGAGAAUCUGGGGGACGAUAUGCUUCUGGAGAACGUCGACAGAUUUACGUGGUUUUCCCACAUGUGGAACCAUCAGCAACCUCAUCUCUACGAGAAUGUAACGCAUCUACAAUUGGAUAUGGCGUUGAACAAACAGUUCGCGAAAGACCACGGAAUCCCGACAGGAAGCGGUUACAGCGUAAGUCCGCAUCACUCCGGCGUUUAUCCGGUUCACGAAGGGUUGUACGAGGCGUGGAAAAGGGUGUGGAACAUCAAAGUCACCAGCACAGAAGAGUAUCCGCAUUUGAGGCCGGCUCGAUUGAGACGAGGCUUCAUUCAUCGUAACAUAAUGGUCCUACCGAGGCAAACCUGUGGCCUUUUCACACACACGAUCUUCAUCGACAGAUAUCCAGGCGGAAGGGACAAGCUGGACACGUCGAUACAGGGUGGCGAACUGUUUCAGACCAUCGUUCACAAUCCUAUCAAUAUUUUUAUGACGCACAUGUCGAACUACGGGAACGAUCGUCUGGCGCUGUACACCUUCGAAUCGGUGAUUAAAUUCAUACAAUGCUGGACGAACUUGAGAUUGUCCAGUGCACCGCCCCUGCAGCUAGCCGAGAAGUACUUUCAACUUUACCCCGAGGAAUCUGAUCCUGUGUGGGGCAAUCCCUGUGACGACCAGAGGCAUCAGAAGAUCUGGUCGAGGAACAAGACCUGCGAUCAGCUGCCGAGGUUCCUGGUAAUUGGUCCCCAAAAAACUGGCACCACAGCUCUUUACACCUUCCUAUCCAUUCAUCCGGCGAUAAGUAGCAAUUUGCCGAGUCCUGACACGUUCGAGGAGAUUCAGUUCUUCAAUGGGAAGAAUUAUUACAAAGGCCUCGACUGGUACAUGAGCUUCUUUCCAGCGUCGCAGAACGAGAGUUCGCGGUAUCUGUUCGAGAAAUCCGCCACCUACUUCGACGGAGAAUUGGUGCCGCGUAGAGCGUACGCGCUUCUACCCAGAGCUAAAUUGAUCACUAUACUACUUUCGCCGGCGAGGCGUGCCUACUCUUGGUACCAGCACACCAGGGUCCACGGCGAUGCUGUAGCGAAUAAUUAUUCCUUUCACUCGGUUAUCACGGCGAGCGAUACCGCGCCGAAACCCCUACGCGAUCUCAGGAAUAGAUGUUUAAACCCCGGCAAAUACGCUCAACAUCUCGAGAGAUGGCUUUCCUACUAUCCGCCGCAGCAGCUGCACAUCAUAGACGGUGAGCAGUUGCGCCAGAAUCCCGUGGAGACGUUGCACGAGCUGCAAAGGUUCCUCAAGAUCACGCCUGCUUUCAAUUAUUCGUCUCACCUGAGGUACGACCCGAAGAAAGGAUUCUUUUGUCAAGUUACCAACGAGGAUCGGACGAAAUGCCUCGGGAAAAGCAAAGGUCGCCAGUAUCCGCCGAUGGAGGAUAAAUCGUACAAAUUGCUACAGAGGUAUUAUUUAUCCCACAAUACGGCCCUAGUGAAAUUGUUAAAACGACUGGGAUUGCGAACGAUCCCACAAUGGCUGAAGGAAGACCUCACCGACACGGUGAUGACCUAGCAAACGUCGAUACUAUGAAACGAUACCGUUUCCGAACUGUUCAUGUCGACGGUGAACGAGAUACACCGUUUACUAGCUGAAGAUCUGUAAAAUAAUUGUACAUUUGAUAUUUCACUGGACUCCGGAUCCUCGUUAAACCUCCAGAACUUCGACCAUUGCAAUGGCCUAUCCGCAGUGAAUUUGGCCUAAGAUCGGUGGAGAGCCUGCAAAACUAGUCACUAAGCGGUUUGUUUUCACGGUGUAACUUCACGACACCUGUGACUGUCGAUCGUUGUUAAACCGAUAGCA